AUAUAACGAAGGCCACUUCAUUCUCUCCCUUCUUCCCUCGAAUUAGGGUUUCGGAAUUUUGCAGUUCCAGAACCAGGCCCCUUCAAUCGCUCUUCCGAUAAAGCAAGUUUUGGCCGGGACCUGUCUUGCGGUUGAGGUAGAAUACAGCUCUUUUCUUCGGCUAUUUCCGUAUCUCUGUGCCGGCAAGGGUUUUGAUGGGUGCGGAGAGGAAGAGGAAGGUUAGUUUGUUUGAUGUGGUGGACGACACCUCUGUCCCCCCGAAGAUUCACAAAUCGAACGGUGGAGGAGCGGCGUUUAACAAUGGCGGUGGCAAUGCGGGCAAUAGUCUGAUCAACCGGUGGACUGGGAGGCAGUACUCGCAGAGGUACUUUGAGAUUUUGGAGAAGAGGAAGACUCUGCCUGUUUGGCAUCAGAAAGAGGAGUUUUUCCAGGCUUUAAAGAGCAGUCAGACUCUCAUAUUGGUUGGUGAAACUGGUAGUGGUAAAACUACUCAGAUUCCUCAAUUUGUUUUAGAAGCCGUGGACCUGGAUAGUCCAGAUAAACGUAAGAAGAUGAUGGUUGCUUGCACUCAGCCUCGUAGGGUGGCAGCAAUGUCAGUUUCUAGACGUGUUGCUGAAGAGAUGGACGUGACUAUUGGAGAAGAGGUGGGUUACAGCAUCCGUUUUGAAGACUGCAGUAGUGCCAGAACAGUUUUGAAGUAUCUGACUGAUGGUAUGCUUUUAAGAGAAGCAAUGACAGAUCCUCUUUUAGAAAGGUAUAAGGUAAUUAUUCUUGAUGAGGCUCAUGAAAGAACAUUAGCCACGGAUGUCCUUUUUGGACUUUUGAAAGAAGUUUUGAAAAAUAGGCCUGACCUAAAGCUGGUGGUCAUGAGUGCCACACUUGAGGCUGAAAAGUUCCAGGGUUAUUUUAAUGGUGCUCCACUUAUGAAAGUUCCUGGUAGGCUUCAUCCAGUGGAAAUAUUUUACACACAGGAACCUGAAAGGGACUAUCUUGAAGCUGCUAUUCGGACAGUUGUACAGAUUCACUUGUGUGAACCUAUAGGUGAUAUACUUGUUUUCCUCACUGGUGAGGAGGAAAUUGAAGAUGCAUGUCGCAAAAUAAAUAAAGAAAUUUCAAACCUUGGCGACCAGGUAGGGCCUGUGAAAGUGGUGCCUUUAUAUUCUACUCUUCCUCCAGCUAUGCAGCAGAAGAUCUUCGAACCUGCUCCACCUCCAGUAAAAGAGGAUGGACCUCCUGGAAGAAAGAUUGUGGUUUCCACAAACAUUGCAGAGACUUCAUUGACCAUAGAUGGCAUUGUCUAUGUUAUUGACCCUGGCUUCUCAAAACAGAAAGUUUAUAACCCUCGAGUACGUGUGGAAUCAUUACUGGUAUCUCCUAUAUCAAAGGCCAGUGCACAUCAGAGAUCUGGUCGUGCUGGAAGAACUCAGCCUGGAAAGUGUUUUAGACUUUACACGGAAAGGAGUUUCCAAAAUGAUUUGCAGCCACAGACAUAUCCUGAAAUUUUGAGAUCAAACCUUGCAAAUACUGUUCUUACCUUGAAGAAAUUGGGCAUUGAUGACCUUGUGCAUUUUGAUUUUAUGGAUCCACCUGCUCCUGAGACUUUGAUGCGAGCUUUAGAAGUUCUGAAUUAUUUGGGUGCAUUGGAUGAUGAGGGUAACCUAACGAAGCUUGGGGAAAUAAUGAGUGAAUUUCCAUUAGAUCCUCAGAUGUCAAAGAUGCUCGUUGUUAGUCCAGAAUUCAAAUGUUCAAAUGAAAUAUUAUCAAUUUCUGCCAUGCUUUCAGUACCCAAUUGCUUUGUCCGGCCUAGGGAGGCUCAAAAGGCUGCUGACGAAGCAAAAGCUAGGUUUGGCCACAUUGAUGGAGAUCAUCUAACGCUCUUGAACGUGUACCACGCUUACAAGCAAAACAAUGAGGAUCAAUCAUGGUGCUACGAAAACUUCAUCAAUCACAGGGCAAUGAAGUCUGCAGAUAAUGUCAGAGAGCAACUAGUCCGCAUCAUGGCUAGGUUUAACCUCAAAUUAUGCAGCACAGAUUUCAACAGCCGUGAAUACUACGUAAACAUAAGAAAGGCAAUGCUUUCUGGGUAUUUCAUGCAAGUAGCUCAUCUGGAGCGAACUGGACACUACUUGACAGUGAAGGACAACCAGGUGGUACACUUGCAUCCAUCAAAUUGCUUGGACCAUAAACCAGAGUGGGUCAUUUAUAAUGAGUACGUCCUAACGAGUAGGAAUUUCAUCCGUACCGUGACAGAUAUCCGGGGUGAAUGGCUGGUGGACGUAGCAGCACACUAUUACGAUCUGGCGAACUUCCCUCUAUGCGAGGCCAAGCGUGUUCUCGAGAAGCUUUACAAGAAACGAGAAAAGGAUCGUGAGGAAAGCAGGAAUAGAAAAUGAGUUUUUUUGUUUAAACCCAUUCUAUCGUCUGAGAUUCCGACUUAGCAUUUCGUCCAUGGCAGAUAACUAUCAGCUGAGGAGCGGAAGAAAUUGGUUGUACUUCUAUACUGUUAAAUUAGGAAGGCAGUGUUUUUAGGGUUCAUAUAGUCCCAAAACAACAUACUUAGGUUUUGAUUUUCAAACUCAGUGGUUUCUGAUUGCUUUUGUGUUAUUUUAAUGUAUGAAAUCUAAAAAGUUCCAAGUCUACUCACGCUUCAACGCUUCAGCACAAACUUUUCAUGAAUGUGCAGAUGUUAUGAUC